AUGAACCCAUGCUCGCUAUCAGCUUUCACACGAUCUGUUCUAUUCAAUCGAUGCUCCUCACUAAUACAUCCCUACUCUAGAUACGGGUUUGCCUUUUUUGCUACUGCUGCAAGCCCCAAAGUUAAUGUCAACGUGGGAACUAUUGGACACAUUGAUCAUGGAAAAACAACUUUAACAUCUGCAAUUACACGAGUCCAGGCUAAAAAAGGUUUUGCAAAACACAUCAAGUUCGAUGAAAUUGACAAAGGAAAAGAAGAAAAGAAAAGAGGAAUCACCAUCAAUGUCGCUCAUAUCGGAUAUGAAAGUCCAGCACGCCGCUACUCGCAUACUGACUGUCCAGGUCACUCAGAUUUCAUCAAAAACAUGAUCUGCGGAACUUCUCAAAUGGAUGUAGCUGUUCUCGUGAUUGCAGCAACAGAUGGAGUCAUGGAACAAACGAAAGAGCAUUUGAUUCUAGCAAAGCAAGUUGGAGUGAAGAAUAUGGUAAUUUUCAUCAACAAAGCUGAUUUGGUAGAAGAAGAUGUAUUAGAUCUUGUCGAAAUUGAAGCAAGAGAAUUAUUGACAAUUCAUGGAUUUAAUGGCGAUGCAACUCCAGUUAUUCGCGGAUCUGCUCUAUCGGCUCUCGAGGGAGAAGAUAUUUCUUGUAUCGACCGCCUCUUGGAAGCUUUGGAUUCACUUCCAGAACCCGAUAGAAAUGAGAAGGACACUUUCGUAAUGCCGAUCGGAUCAAAAACAGCUAUCACAGGAAGAGGAACUGUAAUUGUCGGUACACUGGAGCGAGGAGUUCUUAAAAAAGGAGAUAAAGUUGAGAUUAAAGGAGAUGGACAAGUUCUUCAAACUACUGCUUCCGAUAUUCACGUUUUUGGCAAAAGUGUCAAAGAAGUACGUGCCGGUGAUCAUUGUGGAGUACUGUGUCGAGGAGUCAAAGCUGAUACUGUCAAAAGAGGUAUGUGGGCAGGACAUCCAGGAGCGGUCACAAUCACGAAUCGCGUCAAAGUCGAACUAUAUCUUCUAUCUGAGGCAGAAAAUGGAAGAAAGAUUGGAAUUCGAACAGGUUUUACUGACAAAAUGUACUGCAGUACUUGGGAUCAAGUGGGAAGAUUCGAUAUGAAUAAUGAAUUGCUGAUGCCUGGAGAACAUACUUCGGCUACCGUCCUUCUCAUGAAAGAUAUGCCGUUGAGAAAGGGGAUGCCAUUCACAUUGAGAGAAGGAAGUAGUAAGACUACUAUUGCAAGAGGAAUCAUUUCAGACCUUGAAGAUCACGUUACCGUUGAGAAACAUAAUCUGAAGAAGUCCGCUGAAAAGAUUUGA